UCUCUGUUACCACUUUCGAAUCGACCCAGUAUUUUAACAGUGUGGGGGGCUCCUGACGAUAAGCAUCAGCUACUAUGAUAGUGGAACGCUUGUUAUAACGUUUAAAUGUCAAGAUUUUAUUUUUUUGUCGCCAACAGCGUCCUUUUCCUCCAUGUUCUCGGCUCAUCGGCCCAAGCGGGAACCACGGGGAGUCCGUGUGAGUUGGACAGCGACUGUCGCCGGGUGAGCCAUUAUGUGUGUCACAACCACAGCUGUGUCUGCCAGGUGGGACACCACGAAGAGCUAGUCAAUGCAAGCCUUGCCUGUGUCUUUGUUGGAGUGCCAGUGGGGGAGCGUUGCGUGUCGGAUGAGUCCUGCAUCAACCGCAACCGAACUCAAUGUGGAAGCCGGCACAUCUGCGUUUGCCGCCGAGGAUAUUACGAACAUGGUGGCGUCUGCAAAUCGGGGCGCAAGCUUGGUGACCCGUGUCGAUCAGAUGCCCAGUGUGAAGCUGGCAGCAAUGCGUCGGCGUGCCGCGGUUCCUCUUGCCGCUGCAAGGAUGGCUACUACCAGGAGUCCAUAGGGGGCAACAGCACCUGUGUUCCAGGCAAUCCUCCUUUGCUGCUGUGCUACACCAACUACGACUGCUUCAUCCGUGACCGACAUCUUGUUUGCGAUGGCAGGUUUUGCCGUUGCAGGCAAGGCUACCACACGGAACUUACUGCCUGGGGCUGGCGAUGCGCAGAUUCCUCAGGCUUACAGCGACCUGUUCAUGGGGGGGUGGUGUCUGUGUUCAGGAUUUCACCAGCAGCCAUCCUUAUUGCUUGCAUUAUAUUGGGAUACAUGAAACGACGCCAGAAGCCCGACUCGGGACAAGGGCUGCAUGAUCGCCCGUUUGGGAGCCGUACCCAUCGGUACAUCAUCCCAUUCCGCCGUGGAAUCUCUCUUCGUGAGGUGGCUCAGCGAGGCCAGAGUGCGAGGACAGGAGACUCAUUUGACCACCUCUUGCCACCCACAGCGACCUGCAGUCUGCCACCUGAACCACCACCUUACCAUCCAGCUGAAGAGGAGCCGCCACCAACGUACGAAGAAGCGGUCCGAGGGGGUGCGCCUCAGAUGGGGCCCGGAGGAAAUGCUACUGCACAGCCAACGCGACGUGCCUGAGAGACUGCAUAACAGUUGUCAUCACCAUUGCACUCAUCGUCACCCGCCUGGCUGCACGUCCUGAAUAAACGCUGCAUCAGGAGAAGCUAAUUGGAGAGGCCUUCUUCUUCAACAUGGCUGCAGCGGGAAGGUCAUGUACAAUUUGUGGCAGUUUUGUUAAAACUAUGUAAUUUUUUGUGCCCCCAGGAAUAGCGCACACUUUUGGAGUUCAUAUCUGUUGUUUUCUUCUCUGAUUCAUUCGAACUCAGUGUACCAGUUAUGUUUUUGCAGAGUUCCCACAAGCUGUGCUAAUCUAAAGUAAGGCCACCACUUUUUCAUGCCCUGUGGUGAUGAAUCUUGCUUGUCUAUGUAGCCUUGAUGAAGAAUUAUGGAAAUAGACUGGCCUUUAGAAAUACCUGGUGCCAUAAUGUUAUCAAGUGUGCCUUUAUUUACCACAUGCUUGUGUUGCGGAAUCUUACAAGUCAGAUUCUUGCAGGCUGUCCAGCUAUUUUGAGCUGUACAAACAACUACUGAUUCCUGCUGCCAUGAUUCUUUGCAUGUUUGUCAGUCAAGGUGACAGUCUAGUUAAUUGGUAAUGUUACACAGUGCAAAAUUUCCUCUUUUGAAAUUUUAGUUUGGUUUUAACUAGCUUAAUUCUCAAUGUAGGCACAUCUUUAUUGCAACAGUUUAAGGGGGACACCAUAUUUCACAACACUUCUUAAAAUUCUUGAUCAAUUUUGAUGAACCUUGUCGAUUUGUGAGCUGAUAUCAAAUAUACAAUUUUCUCUUACAGUGUGUAGUAAACAUUUCUGAAAUAUUAAUCACUUCAUGUGGGAAGGAAUAUUUUUCCUAAAAUGAGGGAGUUAGGGUUGCCACCUGUCCGGGUUUAGACCGGCCCGGCCAGUUUUUUAGAUUGUGGGCCGGUUGCCAGUCCGCAUCGGCCCCCAUUAGCCGUUUUCUCUCUUUUUUUUUUCUGUAAUAUUGCAAAUAUUUAUUUUCUGGGGUGUUUUAUAAGCGUCAGCUCAACAACUAUGACGGUCAAUAUUUAUCGUCAAUCACCAAAACUCUUACACUAUUAGUCAGCCACUCUUUAAGAUUCCUUCAAGUGUAGCGAUCAUAGGAAUAGAGCACAUUAUUGAGUGUGUAUGUAUACAUGAAUAUCCGACAUGUUUGUGACAUACGGACUGUAUAUAUAUUUUAACGUUAGUUUGUGUCUACAAUGCCACUGUCCUGUUGGAUUCAGAUGCAAAGAAAAGCGUUUAAUGGAAGAAGUAUCGCGGUUCCUUUUCAGUGCAGCACAAUCAGGUCAAUAAGCGAAGCGCCAUUCCAGGCACGUGUAUUUUUAUGCCAGCAAUUAGACUAGUUGGCUAGCUCAGUGUGCUGUUUUUGUUUGUACAUGAGGUUUAUUUGUCUCAAGGAAAAUGAUGUUACAUUAAAUGGCACUGCAUGCCGAAGACUUGGCAUAGCGUCUAUUGUUCAACAUUAACUUGUGUGGUGUGGUGUGUGUUCCUUCUGUGUCGUCGUCUUUUACUGCGCUAUUUCCUGUUUCAUCAUUAAUUUAAUCUCCUGUUAGCCCAUUCUCCCCCCCUUCCCCUCUCCAGCGUCGAAGGGCCGUUUCUUGUUUUGGGGGGGGAGGUGGAACGGUGGCAACCCUAGAGGGAGUUACAAACUAAAUAAGCAUUUCACAAUAAUCCGGAAUUAAAACUGUAUGCAAUAAAACAAGAAUAGAUGUUCUAAAUCCAUUUCAACAAACAUUAUGUUAUGUUGAACGUUAGUGAUCGAAAUCCCAGCUUGACUCAGACUCACUUGCGUAUUUUCAGGAUACCAUAGCAUAUGUUCGAAUGGGUUUAGAACAUCCAUUUUUGUUUUAUUGCAUACAGUUCUCAUUCCAUAUUAGUAUUCUGGUAUUCUGAUUUACUUUGUAACACUCUCAGUGUAAGAAAAAUCUUGCUCCCAAAGUUACAUGAUAUGCUUGAUACUUCAAAAAUUAAUAUUUGUACUAAAAAGGAAAUAAUUGCACAUUUGAAAUGAGUAAAUAAAUAUAAAUAAACGCACCAAGCUUCACUAACGAUCAAGAAUUUUGUAAAAUAUUAAAGUACAGUGUCUCCUUCAGACCAAGCUAGUGCAAUCAUCGAGACACAGCAUAAAAAACAACUAAGAAUUCAAUGGUGCAAUCUUGUACGCGUUCCAAAUAAGCACGGAGGUGUGGCGUUACAUCCAGCCACACGCGAUUGGUCAAUGCAGGGCUGUGACGUCUGUCGCGGUUCACAUUAGCCAUUUGCGUGCAUCUGGAUGUAACGCCACGCCUCCAUGCUUAUUUGGAAUGCGUACAAGAUCGCACCACAAUAUUCCAGUCACUGGUCAAAUUAGUAUGUCAAACAAAACAUUAGAAUUUUGUGGCACUCUAGUGGAAAAAGCCAGGUGCAAAUGUCCUCCUACCCCCCACACUUCUUUUUCGAACUGGCCAGCUAUAUAGACCAAAGGUUUUUUUUUUCCAUGGGUGCACUUCGGGCACUUGAGGUCUUUAAGGCCAACUGCAGCAGUUUUUUUUUUAUUGUGUCAAGGUAAUGGUGGUUCUAUGUUCCCGAGAAAGCGAAAAUAACUUGAAGUAAGCAAAAGGGCGCGUAACCGAAAGCCAACUGAGUAGUACUGCGACGUAUUAAGCCGGAAGCCGUGCAAGGCAUGUCGGCCCAGCAGCGCGCAGACAAAAGCUACGAAAGCCAUGGACAGGAGAUGCUCAGCCGAAAACAUGACUGUGCUACCCCGUCCAUGCCAUGUCUCUGGUUGACAGUAGGGUCUUUUGGCAGUGCUGGCUCACCGUACAGUAAGUACAGUAAUAACAUACCAGCUGAAAGGUGCACAUGCACAAACUUUACGAUACCGAAACUCUUUCCACAACGUAUACUAGGUCUAUCCGCACAUCAUGCAAGAGGUGGUUCGUACUUGGCUUAUAAUAAAUUUCAUCCAUCCUAUCACUGCAAUGUUAAAUGCUGCUGUCCACAAACUUAUACAUUUUUCCCAUAACAGUAUCGGCGAGCUUUAGAUUGUCAGCAAACUGCUUAGCGUUAGCAUUUGGCCUAAUUACCAUAGCCACAAUUUUGAAUGGCCUGAGCUGGUAGUGCCAUCUGGCGAUGGAGAGAUAACCAGGCAAGCACACUAGGUGAACAAGUGCAUUUUGCUUUAUUGCUGGUGUACGUUUGCGGCAGUGCUGUAACUGUGAAUGCAUUAGCUUUAAAGUCUAAUGUCAAGGACACUCCAUGAAACAUUUUGUGAUCAGCAUAUAGCUAUUUCAUUCUGCUACACCUGUAUCGCCACCAUCAUGUUACUGUACGCAUUGAGCAACUCGCACAGCUAAAGUGUUUUCAGGACCAUGGUAUGCCAACAGGGAAGGCUGAUGCCACAGCAUAAACGGUUAGGUAUUGCCACCACUGCUAACACACCGUAGUGCCACCAGCGUGUCACUGGCCAAGCAUACACGAACAUUGCCUUCUCAACACCGCAGCAGUUAAUGCACUGCAUCCCCGAGCACCUGUAGCGGCGCUUCUGUCUCCUGUUGGUGUACCCAGGCUGAUGUUACACACAAUGUGGGCGACAAUUUUGGGAAGCCAAGUGGGCAGUUCGAAUUUAUUGAUAAAAUUUGUUUGUAAACGAUUUUCUCAUCUCUCAAGCCUGUAAUUUCGCCUGUAUGACGGAAGUAUGCAAAGGUACAUACCUAGCGAAUUUCAUUGAUAUUCAUUGACCUCAAAAGAUAGCCAGAGUUGGCCUCGAAGUGCGAGAGCACUAGGAAGGGUAAUGAGACAUUGUCACCAUGGGAGCCUGUAGCAGAGAGGCUUGAAAAGGCCUUGUAGCACCUUUCCAAAUUAUCUUAGAAUGAACAAACCUGUUUGACUGUGCUUCCUCUUGAAUUUCGUGGUGCAAAAAUGCUUCAAAUUCAUCGAGUGUGAGCAAAGUUAUAGCUGAAAGCAUGCUUUCUCUCUUCUUUUGUUGCCACAUGCAAGCUGGAAACUACACAGGGGGAAUGCCUAGGGUGGCAUGCGUCCUAAAGUUGCGUGAUGGUAUUGACUGUUUUCUACUUUGGCUGCAUUUGCUUCUGGUUCAAACAAGUAUAGUGCCGCCACGUGGUGGUACUGUGACUACCCAUCGGAUACUUGGUGACAUCUCUUGGGCAGCCAUGGAAUCUAUUGCUUAACAUGGCCCCCAAGAUCAUCUGCCCACACACCAGUUCAUGAAACGAGCUAAUACCUUUUGUGCCCACUUGCUGCAUAGUUGGGACAGUAUUCAUUGUGAACGAGAAAGCUAGCGAUUUUGGCUGCAUUUUACAGGAAAUUGUAAAUUUCCUGUUGCAUCCAGUGCAAUAACAUUUGGCUCACUCGUUCAUAAGAGCCUUGACUACACAGUGGCAACGUUUCUUGACUAUGUUAAACAUGUGUUGCAGAGCACCUUAAACUCUCUGUGACAGUAGCUGCCAAAAGUGAUAACCAGCGUUUCCUUAACGAAAACCAGCAGAUAAUGAAGCCGAGGAAGGUGUAGGGGAUGUUACUUGUACUGUUUUAAGUGUAUUGUAGUAAUGGUGAUAUAGAUAUGAAGAAAGUAAAGGGGACGAAAAGCCAACUUGCCACCAGCAGGGACCGAACCUCUAACCUUCCGAAGGUUGCAGGUUCUGAUCACAAUUACUACAAUACACUUAAAACAGUACAAUUAAAGGGACACUAAAGGCAAAUAACAAUUUAUGUCAGAGUGAAAGCUCAAUGUAUGAAAACAUCUAAAACGGCAAUAUUAUCAACAGCAGUGCCCUACUUACCGAGAAAUUAAGCUAAAUGUAUCGCACGAUGAGCGCCAUGAGCGGCACAUUUCGGAAAUGGUUCCGAUGACGGGAGAGAGUCCGACUACAAUUAAAGGGGUAGUGACACGAACAUUUUCAGUUGUCGUUUCUUUGCGUCAAAUGAAAGGCCAAGCCCUCAGGAGCCUAGAAAAGGUAGUGCUAAGCGCGAGUGCACCCUGAAAAAGUAAUUACAGUAAUUUUUUAAAAGCUAGUUUCGGUUCCUACUGUACCCUGACGUCACAACACGGUACGAGUUUCUCGUCACGUGCUCGCACAAUAUAUAGUGACGUUUCCACAGCUGCUCUGCACCUUCGGCUCCGUCGGUGACGCACAAGCGGCCAUUUUGAAUGUUUUGGUGACGUACAAGCGGCCAUCUUGGAAAUUUUGGUACGUGACGUCGUCACAACUAGCCAAACUGCUGCGUGAAGUCACCAGAAUUAGUACUGUAGCCUGACGUCAAGCUAGUGUCGAUGUCGGUAGGUGCGCCAUGGAAAAAUUGACUUUAAUAUCAAAAUAAAGUAUCUUAUCAGCAUUUGCUGAGCUUCAUACUUGUUCAGAGCCGUCUCUGCAUACAGGAGAUUUGUAUGGCAGAGUGAACUCGCUUU